CGGCGAGUCAGGGCAGUCUCGUGCAGCCUGUGGGCCAAUCAACGACCGUCCUGACUGUAGCGAGGGACAGCAGUUGAGUGGGAGAUGGCGCCCAGCUCGAAAUCCGAAAAGGACGAUAGCAAACAGAAAGCUCAAAGAAAACACAAAGACCAUGUCGUGAAGCUUCUCAUGCGUGGGAAGCUAUCAGGACAGUUUUCUCAGCGGCUGUUCACGAAGCUGCCACCUCGAGUGUGUGUCCCAUUAAAGAACAUUGUCAGCGAGGAGUUCCUGAGAGCAGGACAUAUCUUUCUAGGCUUCACCAAAUGUGGCCGCUACGUUCUGUCCUACACCAGUGACUGUGGAGAGGAUGAUGAUUUCUCUUUCUAUACCUACCAUCUCUAUUGGUGGGAGUUCAACCUGCACAGUAGACUCAAACAGGUCCAUCAUGUACGUCUGUUUGCAGGAGAGGAAAUCUACAGUGACCUGUACCUCACUGUGUGUGAGUGGCCAAAUGACCACUCCAAAAUUGUUAUCUUUGGCUUCAACACACGCAGCUCAAGCUCUGUUCUGAUGAAUUUAAUGAUGAGCGAUGAAAACAACAGAGAUAUCUACAUCACUAUUGCCUCCAUGCCUCCUCCUAAACCUUGCUCACACUGCUGCCCAGUUCCUUCAGCCACAACCAUACGCACAGGAAGUGGUGAGUGUCUGGAGCAUGGUUAUGUGCUGAACAGCAGGUACCAGGUGGUGUACCCUUUCCCUACUUUCCAGCCAGCUUUCCAGCUGAAGAAGGACCAGGUCAUCCUGUUAAACACUAGCUACUCUCUGGUGGCCUGUGGCAUCUCACUCUGCCCAGGUAAACAGGGUCAGACAUCACAGAUCCUUUACACAAAGAGAGCGGCUUUGUCAAGUCAAGCCUCAGCUGCUUUUUCCCCCACCUCCUCUGCCUCUGCUUCGUCACUACCUCUGGGAUCUCCUGAAAGCCGGCUGCCACCUAGCAGACCUGCUCCAGUUCCUUCAUCUCCGAGCCAGUCACAAGCAGCCGUGCGAGCCCGGGAGUUUGCUGCUGAUCUCUUCAGGCGGGCCCAGGGAGGAGGAGGAGGAGGAGGGAAAGAAAAUGAAGGCCAGACAGAAAAGAGAAAAGCUGAUGGUGGUGAAAAAGAGGCAGCACGUGUACCAGGAGACAAAGGGAUUAAUGUAGAGAGCGGGAGAGAGGAGGAGGAUUCCAGAGAGAGGAGAGAGGAGGAGAGGCGGACUAGUUUACCACAUGCUUCAACAUCGGCUGGGAGCCGCAGUUUGCCACAGUGCCCUGAACAAGUGAUGUCUCCUGCCUCUUCUUCUUCAUCACCGUCAUCCCCUCCAACUCCGUCCUCAUCCCAGGAGGCUGGCCCCAGUGAGCCUGGAUACGUCAACUAUUCACGCCUACAAUACUGCCUUCAACAGCCAGGGGCAGCAGAGCAGCAUGCAGGGGGUUAUGAAGAUGACAAAGUUCAGCUUCCUUUCACAGUCACUGACCUUAAAGGACGGAACCUGCAGCUCGUCACCGGGCCACACAGCGGACAGAGUGUGUGCGUGGAGCAGUUGACUCUAGACUUUGAGUAUCUUAUCAAUGAGGUGAUUAGGAGUGAUGCUGCCUGGGCCCCUCAGUUCUGCUCAUUCAGCGACUAUGAUGUUGUGAUAUUAGAGGUGUGUCCUGAAACCAACACUGUGAUGAUCAACAUUGGUCUGCUGUUACUGGCUUUCUCCAACUCGGAUGAGGAACACUGCAGGCCAAACACGUACCAUUCCAAUCUGCAGGUCAGCUGGGACCUGAACACAGGUGUAUGUUGCACCGUGGGUGUUGGUGACCUUACAGAGGUUAAGGGUCAAACUAGUGGGAGUGUGUGGAGCUCUUACAGGAAGUCCUGUGUGAACACAGUGAUGAAGUGGUUGGUUCCUGAAAGCAGCUCCCGCUACAUUAAUCGUAUGACCAAUGAAGCUCUACACAAAGGCUCGUCCCUGCAAGUGUUGGCAGAUGUUGACCGAUGUACCUGGAUUGUAUUAUGAAGAAAGAAGAGGGCCGCAAGUGUCAAAGCAACAGAAAGCAAAAGCACACACAGAUACACCUCGACACGGCCUCAUCCAGAGUAUGGAGCUCGACCUUAAUCUCAGCAAAACUGCACAUGUUGAGUGACUGUGCUUUGGUAAAAUGUAGAUAAAACAUGUGUCAAAUUGAAACGGAACCAACACCGCUCUGGAUGAAAUACUGUACAGAUGAAGUUUUUUAGGUGGUCUGUGUUUAAUUUUACAGUUGUCAUUCAUUUUUUUGUAUUUGUGUACUGUAUUGUUGCAACCACCAAAACCAAGAGCUGGACUGAACCAAGACUUAGUUUUUACAUUUUUGUUUUUAUACAUGCAAACUGUUGAUGUUGUGUGACUGUUUUUGUGUGUGUGUGUGGGUGGGCGUGUACAUUUGCAAUAUCUGCACCUGUGUGAUGUUCACAAGAGGAUUCAACCAGAGAAUAUGCGUGUGUAUGUAUGAGUGAUAGCAUGUUUAAUGUGUUUGUAACAUUUGAAAGGUUCUGCUGCUUCUGAACAAGUUGUUUCCUCACCUGGCCUGGACCACUACAGUCCAGCUGUGAUGACUGAUAUGAUGGUAAGGUUGCAGUAUUUAAAAUGAGACAAACUGAAACCAGUACUGCACCACUUGACUCUGAACAUCUUAUUUUAAACCCAUGUUAUGGAGGUAGAAGGUUGUCAGAAUCACUUGCUCAUCACGCAUCACGGUAUGUUUGCUGGCAUCUAAGUAAAGACAAUGUUCUAUUGGGAUAUUUUGUUAAAAUAAAAUGUUCAAAAAUUUA